CAGCACAAAACAGAUCGCGUCGAUUUGAAAAGUAAUUUGGUUUAUGUGAGAGUGAAUUUGUUUUCAAUUUUAAAUAUAUUUUAAGAACUAUAUGGUCAAAAUGUCACUUGAAAAUGUGACAAAACAAUUGCGCGGCACACGAAAAGACGCUGAGAAUGCCGCAGAGGCAAUUCAACAGCAAUUUAAACUAAUUAGAAAGGGCGGGACGUCAAGCGUCGCUUCAGCAGCUCUACGAAUAUUAAGACAAUUAUGCUGUGCGCUUCAAGACAAUUACCAUAAAUAUGCGGACAUAUAUUGCAACAUUGUGGCGUGCUUGAUGCCACACGUUGAGCCCGUUGCAGCUAAACCGGAGUAUUGGGUAAAUCAUUUAACUAGCUUGCAAUACAUUCACCAUGCGCUUUGUCAGCAGCAAACAAAUGCGGAAUGCAAAAGAUUCUACAGCUUGGUCAAUGCACAGCGAGUGCAAUUGCAGCAAAAGACUGACUACAAAUUCUAUAUCAACAUCCACAUCAAGCACUUCUAUUUUUAUGGCCAACAAAUGCAGAAACCCUCAACAGCCACGAAGGAUGCUGUGGAGCAGCUUUGCUCUGCAAUGCUGGCCAUGGGAACCCUUUUUGAAACCAUGCAACAUUAUCAUGUGGGCUACAGCGAACUGAUUGGGGAACUAAAUCAGAUUCUUGGCAAAAGAAGCGGCACUUUUCUCAAAGUCCUUGGCUCGCUGCCUGUAGCUGAAUCCAACAAAAUGUUUGAGCCGCUUUUCAAGUUAAUUGCGAGUAAUGUCGGCAGCACUGAAUCACUGAGUAAACAACUGCCGGAGUAUUUGAGUGCGCUGCAGGCGCUCAUCCAGAUCGACGGUUUUGCGUGGCAGCAAAAGGCGGCUGCUUUGCAGAAACCACUUGCUGUCCGUCUGCUGCGUAGCCUGCGCUUGUUGUACAAAGAGUUGCAGCUGGAGGGGCAUGCUCUGCAACUGCUCUACUAUCACAUGAAGUUGCUGCUCAAACGAGAAACGGAUGUCGAUGCGAAGAAGACCUAUAUUGAUUUAGUCAAAAAUUGGCAGCACUUUUUAGGCACCCAAUGCGCUGCGCAGACGCAAGAGCAAUGGUUCAUUGAUCUUCUAGUGCUGUUUGUGCGGUUACAACGGCAAAUACAUCAACCAGAGGGCAGGACAAACUGCUUUGAACACUUCUGGCGUUCAUUGGAUGGCCAAAAUACGGCUGAAGCUAAUGCCGCACAUUUUGAACUACUACAAAGCUUGAUUAACAGCUCGAGAAGCAUUAGCGGCAAGAGUUCGUUGGCCGCCAGCUGCAGUAAUGACAUUAGUUGCCAGAGCAUGCGGAAGCACUGCGUCUUUAGCCUAGGCUGCUGUGCUAUUGCCGCAUACAGCACUUGGCAACCCACAGAUCAGGCCAAAUUGUCCAAGACAGCACAAAAAGGUAUUGGAAACAUUUUCAACUACGCCGUGGAUGUGCUUAAGGUUACAGCGUGCAUGAAGCCCAACAGCGUCGAACUGGUCAACUUAACGUGGCAUCUGACCAACAUAGCAGACAAGAUAACAACUGACGCACAAUUGGAGCUGAUGCAGCGUUUGUUUAAACCGCUGCAGAAACUGUUCCCGCUUCUCGAAGCGAAUGCGAUGCGGCAACUCUUGCGUCGCAUUUACAAGGGUAGCGCCAACUGCACUAAGCAGCCAAUGCUUGUGGCACAGUUACAGAGCUCCUACAUUGCGGCCAUCAACUGCCCAGCGCGUCAGUUUCAGCAGCUGUGCCUCUAUUAUCGCACCAGCCCCUUGUCCAUCAGCAUCUAUGAGCUGCAUGAGCAGAGUCCUUUGGCCAUUGAGAUGAACGCAGCAAAGAAGCGCAAGUUCUAUGAACUGGAUAUGCUGACAGUCCUCAGCAGCAGAAAGACGCCAGCAAUGCUGCAGUCGCUGUUACUUCAUCAUCACACCGACUAUCAUAUGGCUCUGCUAGGACGUCACUUGCGCACAGAUUCCAAAACACAUAAGAAGUUGGAGGUAUUGCGGAUGCGGCUCCAGAAUAAGGCACAAAGUCAGCGACUGACGCGACUAGAACAAUUGGUGCUGGGCCAUGUGAGUGUGGGCAAACUGCUGGAAAUGCUUGAGGGGCAAAAGAUCACGGUAUCCAUUAAGGAGACGGCGGAGAAAGUGCUGGAGGAGCUGCUCAACAAAAGCAAUAUGCAGAGCAUCAAUAUUAUGGCCGAGAUGCCGCUGCUGAAGCUGGCCACAGCGGCCAUAGAUGCCUUCGCAGUCUUCUUUAAUGAGGCUGACGCCGAGCCGCUGAGCAGUGAAGAGGCGCUCAUUGACUGGGAGGCGCUGAUCGAGGAUAUCCUUGUGGUCGCCAUGUCUCUCUCCACCAUGGGCUACACCCAGCAGGCGGAUGCAGCUUGGCUGCUGCUUCUACGAAUCGCACGCCUUCUCGGUGAUCGUUUCAACUAUCUGCGUGCGCUCAGCCAUUUUACCUCAAAUUAUGCACAACAUCCACUCGUUGAUCUGGCAAGUGAGGUGACACAUGCUCAACUGCUGCUGGACGAGCUCUGGCCGCAGCUGCACAUCGCUACCUACUACAAACGUGAGCACAGCAUAUUGAUGCUGUGCCUCUGCCACAUGGCGUUGUACUAUGCCCGCCUGGGCAGCAUGAGUCAUUUCCAGUUGCUGCUGUUGCAGGCUGAGCGAGUGCGCGAUCAGUUUGUGGAGCGUGUGGGCAAAUGCGACAUUAUUCAGCUGACGCUGCAAUCGGUCCGUUUUCGCAUCUGCUAUCAGCAGCGUCACUGCAGCUUGGUCGCCAAGAUGCCCACGGCACUGCAGCAGCUGGACACCCUGGCGGAUAGUGUGCGCAAUUUUACCAGCAUUUCAUCCGUGGAUCACGGUGCACUUGUGCUGCUGCUGGGCGAUCUGGUGCGCGACUCCACGGAGUGCACAGCGAAUCGUCUGAGUGAGCUGCCCAAUUUCGGCAGCAGUCUGCUGCAGGUGCUGCUCCAAGGUGGCAUGGUGCUGCGUGUCGUCGAGGUGCUCAUCUCGUGGAUGUGGACCAAUGUGCGCAUGGAGUGCCUGGAGAAGGCGCUCUCCAAGCUGCGGCUCAUCGAGCAUUUUCUCUGCAUACAACCGUCCGAAUCGCGUCCGUCACAAAAGAAAGCUAGAGACUUGGUUGAUGCGCCGCUGGAUGGCAAGUCGAAGCCCAUGGAGGAGCUGAUGAGUCAAUUGCAAUUGGAGCAGUUUGUGGAACCCAUACGCAAGCAGCUGCCACAGUCCGCCACAGGGUUUGCGCCUCGACUUGAUAUGCAAGCUGCAGUCGACAGCCGUUUGACCUUGCAACGCUACAUGGAACAUGCGCUGCCUGCUCCGCUUAAGAGCCUCAAGCUGCAGUGCGUCUAUUUUACCGUGGGAUGCUUGCAUGCACAUCUCUACUUCCUCAAUCGGGAGCAUGACCAGCUGGACACUUUCUAUGCCAUGGCCAAUGAUUGGUUGCUGGGCGAUAAACAGCGCGGCGCUGCCUUGGGUCCCAUGCUGUUUGUGCUGCAAAUCUAUCAGGCCAACUAUUUGCGUGAUAAGCAGAAGUAUCGCGGUGCCAUUGACAUCACGGAGCCUGCACUGCAGCUGGCCAAUAGCGAGCCGGCGCAGCAUCGCAUCGAUGUCAACUAUCGCAGCAAUCUGCUGUUGCAGCUGCGCACAGCACAGUUGCAGUUGCAUCCGACACCAAAGCUACCAAGGCCAAAGCAGCGGGCACUCGAUUUCAACAUUUCGCCAGAGAAGAAGGUCAAAGCAAGUGCUUCCAGCAAGAAGCCGCUGAAAAUUGUGAUAUACACAGAUGAUGUGAGCCCAUUGAGCGACGCCACAAACAGCGUGGAGAGCAGCAGCAGCCCGGAGUGCUUAGAUCUCAAUGCCUGUCAGCUGAUCGAAACCAUUGACCUAAGCGACGACGAGCCAACAGUUAGCCUGAAGCCCGCGACAACAACUCGACGCAAUGCGUCCGCUUCAAAGAAACUCGAAGUGCCCAUCCGCAGCAGCAGCAAGCAACGCCAUGACUUGCCCGAGGUGACACCCAAGACGACAACGAUUCGGACCAGAGGACGCGCCAAGCGAGAGGAGAUUGUCGAGCCAGUGAUAGUGCCCACCACGGUGAGCAGUCGACGGCGCCAAAGGAACUGAUUUUUAAACUAAUUUUAAUAUAUGUUUUAGCACAAUUAAUUAUUACGCAUUGAUAUUUAUAUUGAAUUUUCUACAAAAAGUAAAAUAAACGUUGCAACCUCUUAAGCAAUG